AUGUAUCGUGCAGCUCUGAGAACGGCCUCACGGCCUGCUGUUGGCGGUUUGCGCACUUCUCUGGUCCGGACGGCUCCCCGGCGAUUUGCCUCAACGGCUCCCGCAGACAAGUCUCGGUCAUGGAAGAGCUCUGCGGCUCGGUGGGGUUUGGCUGUUGCUGGUGUUUACUACUAUAACACAAGCUCCGUCUUUGCGGACGAGGCCGAGGCUCACGCCUUGCCCAUCCCUGCGCCCUAUACCGAAAACGAACUGCCCACCGUCGACGCCCUGAUCGAGCAGAAGCGAAAGGAAGUCAGCCCUAAGUCUGUUGAGCCGGCUACUAAGAAGACAGAGGCUCCCAAGACGGAGGCUGUCAAGAUGGACGACAAGUCAGAAGCACCCGCUCAGAGCGCAGCCGGCUUUGGCGGACCCGAGGCACUCGAGGAGGAGGCCAGCCAGGAGGGAGCUUUCAACCCAGAGACUGGAGAGAUUAACUGGGACUGCCCCUGCCUGGGUGGCAUGGCGCAUGGCCCCUGUGGAGAGGAGUUCAAGACUGCCUUUAGCUGCUUCGUCUACUCUACCGAGGAGCCCAAGGGCAUGGACUGCAUUGAAAAGUUCCAGGGCAUGCAAGAAUGUUUCCGAAAGUACCCAGAGAUCUACGGCUCCGAGCUUGAAGAGGCUGAUGCUGCUGAGGCCGAAGGCGGCGAGGAGGUAGCGUCUGCUGCUCCUGCUGCAGCGGUGGCAGCCCCCGAAGCCACCGAGGCCGCCGAGAUCCUCGCCGAAGACCGACAACAGCUUCGAGAGAACGGCCGUGUUGGGGGUCGUAACUCGGAUGCUGCGGAGACGGACAACCUCCCCGGAGUCAAGCUGGUCAAGGGCUCACCCUUGACUGAGGAGGUCAAGGAACAGAAGAAGGAGAACUAA